AUGGCUUCACCCACAACAGCCGUUGACAAGUUAUUUGUCUGUCCUGGAUGUCAAAAAGGUGGCUUUAAAAGCAUCGGUGCUGUCAAGGCUCAUUUUGAGUCCAAAGGCCACAAACUUGCUUGCAGUCCAUGCGACAGUUCUUUCGGAACUAUAACGGCGUUGCUCAAGCACUCCCAGAAGCAUGAAAAGCCCUUAGAUGGCUCCGACCUCAAGUCUCUCAAGUCGGCAAAACCAGCUCCAAAAAGCACGAAGGAGCAGAAGUUCCAGGAUUUUUCUGGACUCAUGUCUUCCAAACCUACGAAAUCAAGCCUAAAUUUCGUGAAGUAUAACAAGCUCCCGGAUCUGUCCGAGUCUUUUGUCAAGCCUGCAAAGCCAUCGCCCCAGACCGCGAAGGAUGAAAAGUCACAGGAUCGUUCCGAGCCCUUGUCUGCCAACCCUGCGAAAUCCAGUGCAAAGAAAACAAAGCUUAAGAAAUCCGAGGGUAUUUCUGAGUUCCCCCCUGUCAAACCUACAAUAUCCAUUGCAAAGAAAACAAAACUUGAGGAAUCCCAGGAUCUGUUUGAGGCUUUGUCUGCCAAAUCUGCGAAACCCACUCCGAGGAAAACAAAGCUUGAGGAGUCCCAGGUUCUUUCUGAGCCCGUCCCUGCCAAACCUACAAUAUCCAUUGCAAAGAAAACAAAACUCGAGGAAUCCCAGGAUCUGUUUGAGGCUUUGUCUGCAAAAUCUGCGAAACCCAAUCCAAAGAAAACAAAGAUUGAGAAGUCCCUGUAUCACCCUGAUAUACUGCCUGCCAAUCCUGCAAAAACGUCUCAAAAGCGCACAUCAAAUCAGGCCCCAGCACGUACUCCGUUGAGGGCAGAGGCUUUUGAAGACCUACGGAGUAAGACCUCUGAACUUGACCCCUCAAAUACGUCGUCACCCACCAUCCAAAACGCAAAUUAUCAUGUUAUCCUCGAGCCGCUCGAACAAAGCUUGAUCUUUCGCUACUUGUCGGCACGAUGUCACUCGGAAACCCGUCUCGUCACCCGAGGCUUCACCUUUCGGGCUAGCUUGGCGGACGUCAGCAGAGGCCCGUCGAAGAAGCCCCCUCCGAAAACAGGACAUUUCCGCCAAGUUCCUCGCUCCGCGGGUGGCUUGCCGAAAAGGAGAGCAAUUGUCCUUGACUGUGAGAUGGUGCAAGUCGAAGCAGGGCGUCGGGAACUUGCAUUUUUGAGCGCAAUUGACUUUUUGACUGGCGAGGUUCUCAUCGACAAUUAUGUGCAACCGAAAUCGAGAGUAGUGAAUUGGGAUUCUCGGUUCAGUGGAGUGACUCCUAGUGCCAUGAACAAGGCUGUCAAGAAAGGCACAGCCUUGUUUGGCUGGGAAGGCGCGCGCUCGAAAUUAUGGGAGUUCAUGGAUAGCGAGACUGUCCUCGUCGGCCAUUCUCUCAACAAUGAUCUCGACGUCUUAGGUAUCAUCCACUGGAACGUUGUCGACUCCUCUAUCAUUACCAGCGAAGCGGUGUUUUACACUGCACACGCCAGUGAACCCCUCAACCGCACAUGGAGCCUGAAGACCCUUACCAAUGAAUUGGUCAAUUAUGAUAUCCAAGUCGGGAAGCAGGGCCACAGUGCGCUGGAGGAUGCGCACGCAACACGGGAUAUUGUGGUAUGGUGUCUGCGAUACCCGGAACACCUAAAGGUAUGGGCGGACAAUGCCCGGGACCAAGAGGAGCAGCGCGCCUACGAGAGGGAGUUGAAGAGGAAGACAGAGGAGGAGGUGAAGGAGCAGAAGAGGAAACAUGAUAUGGAGAUAAAGAUCCAGAUGUUAUCUCGUGGUGUGACUGGCUUGGAUAUUCAUGACAUUGGCCUGUCUGAUGAUGAUGCUAACGGCCCUGAUUCUUCUUUUGUUGACCAUGAUACUGGUGACGCUGAAUACGAAUCGGUAACUAUCGAAGCGGCCGCAGCUUCAUUCUUUUGA